CUAUCGACCACAAUCUGUACGUCCGCGUAAGUCGUUCCUCCCCCAUCUCGCACCCGCGCGGCGGCUGAGACGGCUCUGGGGCCGUUCUCCAGAACGGGCUCGCGUAUGAGACCAACUACAACAGCGGAUUGCGCGUCGUGGAUGUGUCGAGCGUCAAGCAGGACCCGACCGGCGCUGGGUUCUUCGAGGCUGCGUUCUUCGACGUGCACCCCGAGGACGACGAGACCAAUGGGUCCGCGGAGAUUGGCGGCGCGUGGUCCUCGUACCCGUACUUUGACAGCGGAUAUAUCCUCGUCAACACACUCGAGCGGGGCUUGUUCGUUGUCAAGUAUAACAACACCGGCGGACUGUGAAGUGCACUUUAAGUUUGUGUUGUUUGCGCUCUUUCUUGGCUGAAUGAAAGAUGUCCCCCCAUCGAAGAAGUGCUAGCGCACAUGUGUAUAGCCCAUAUCGCAUGCGAGUCAUCCAUUAUACAUCAUAUAUCGGCGAUACACUUCAGAUGUGGACCGAGAACCCUCCCGUUUUACCUGAUUCCCUCUGUUGUUACAUCGCGCAUCUUGCUUUCUACAUGUGUGGAAGCCACUGGUGUGGAUCGUAAAAGACAAUGCGCACUCGGAAACCUGGGAUCUAUCAGAGAGAGUAAACUACUGGAGUGGCCGAUGAUGCUGCCUGCGUCAAGUCUCUCCGAUCCUUAUGUUAUGUACAUGUGUGUCCCUUAUGGUGACGCGGUCACGUGCCGACGACUCCACUAUAUAUCAACUUUCAUGCGCGUACUAUGCCAGAUCAUCUGCAGUCUGCCCAGCCUAGGCCUCCCCUGGGAGCAUCGUACACAUGACCAGAACACGUGAUGUUUGAGCGGGGUUGAUCUUGCAACAGACGUGCUACUGAAACAAACUCCACAUGGCAAUUUCGAACAUGAUGAUCUGCGAUUUGAGAAGAACUACAUGAUACAAAUGGUACAUGUUUCGGCAUGUUGGACUGCGAGAAGAUGCUGUCACAUCCUGAUGUUAUGAAGGGCGUGUCGUUCCAGUGGCAGUUUAGAUUUUGGAGCUCCACUGUCCUCGUUCGUAAACUCAUAUUCGGACCAUGAACGCUACAUAUCUUGCGACUGACAUCGAGUUUAGCAUCUAUUGAUAUGAAUCAGACACCUCACAAGACUCAGCAGCGCGUGCGCUAAUAUGCUUGCAGAGAUCCUGGGCAGUGCAUUGAUGAUUUGCCUUCUGGACUUCAAUCCUGCCCCAGCAGGUUACG